CUGGCACAUCUACUAUUUUGAUUUUUGCAUUCUGAUUUGUCAGAGGACGCGGAUAAUUUUUACUUUCCAUAUUAAGAAAUCUUCAAUUUUCGGAAAAAAUUGUAGUGCCUCUUUCACGAUGCUUCCCAACACUAUUUCAUCACAAAAGCGUAAGCAUUCGAGCGAAUAUCAUGAUCCGGAUUACGUGCGUUUGCAUUCAAGUCCAUAUAAAAAGUUACGCCAUGGAGAUUCUAAUAUUAUGGAAGAAAGCGUUUUUUUAACACCCACCAAAACUACAUUGAAAUGUGUUUCCGAAAUAAUUUCAAAUGAGUUUCAAAAAGAAAUUUCUCUAAAACAAGAAUAUUUAGCAGCGAUUGAAAAACGUUUAGAUCAAGCUCGCACUUUAUUGGAUCGUUUGCGGUAUGUAAUUGUUUCAGACUAUUACAAGAAACAAGAAUUAUCAAUAUCAGCAUGUGAUACCCUAGCAAUUCGUGGAAAAGAAACUCUUUUCGAUAAAGAGGUUCAUGGUCUUCAAAUGGCACUGCACCCAUCUGUUAAAAAAAGAAUGGGAGACCUUCCUAACAAAAUGUAUGAAGUUACACAACGACCUCUACCUGAGCGUGUAGCGGCUCAAAAUGCAUUGAACACCUUACGAUCCCGAUCUCAAUCGCAAAAACGACAAAAAAAACGUUUACAACAAUUAAUAAAGAAUCAAGGUUUUGUGAUAGAUCAUUCAAAAGAAAAAGAAAUACAAAUGGUGGAUGCAGUUAGUACAUCUGAUCACACGAGAUCUCACAAUAAUGAUAUCACAGAUUUACAAUCAUCUGCCACCGGCAAGAAAGCUAGUUUUAUUCCAUCAGAAACUAGAAAAUCUUUGAAUUCAGCUCGUUUUAACAACAAAACAAAACAUCUUGUUGUUAUAGGAAAUACUUCAACGUAUAUAGGAGGAGAAGUAGAUGCUACAGCUGAAGUAAAAAUAUCAAGCGAAAAUAUGUUAACCCAUAAAUGGUUAGUUUAUGUGCAAUCAAAAGAUACUAAAAUUAAUUUAGAAUCCUUUAUAAAAAAAGUUCGUUUCCAUCUACACCCUUCAUAUCGCCCAAAUGACAUAGUAGACAUUAGAACGGCACCUUUCCAAAUAGCCCGCAGAGGGUGGGGUGAGUUUCCAAUGAGAAUUCAGCUCUUCUUUCAUGAAUAUCUACAACAAAAACCUGUACAACUUAUACAUCAUGUGGUACUUGAUCGAACGUUAAGUGGAAUGCACACUCUUGGUUCAGAGACCUUAAUGGAAAUUUGGCUUCGUUCUGAUAUUAUAAUUACCAAAGCAAAAAAUGAGCCGUUGUUUGAUGUAAAGAACAACGCCUAUGAAAAUAUACAACCCUCUGCAAUUGAAAAUAUUAUUGAAACAGGCGAAAGAGAUCGUGGAAAUAACACAACGAAGCAUCGUAAAAUAUCCUUCACACAUAACAAAGAAGAUUUGGACGAUAAUUUAUUCGGAGUUUUUAACAGCGAUGCAGCAUCUGCUGAUAUUACAAAGAUAGAGCCAUCAGUAGUCGUAAACAAACAGCUUGCAAAUAUUUCAAAUAAUAGUCCGAUUAAAGUAACCUGCAAGAGUCUCCAAAAGUCAGACUGUUCAUCAAAUAAUGAAAUAAAUGACUCCGCUCUAAGUAAAGAUAAGAUGGUAUGCUGGAAUAGUUGUGGAAUAUCAGGACUAAACAGUAAAAGUACUAGCGAUGAAGAAAUUUUUACAAAAAGUGUUAUUGUUAGUCAUUCCUCUACUUCAAAUAAUAGUAAUACUCAAAGUAAUAUAUCAAACCUUAGAUAUGCAAAAAAUAUAAAAUCGACAAAUACAAAUUCUGACAUAAGUAAUGAAGUUGCUACUACUAUAAAAAGUAGUAAAUUAAUGCAGCUCACAACGCCUAUGAUAAUGAAGCUUUCAACUACAAAUGUGGCCAAUGCCAAUCAAGUUUCAAAUAUUAACAGAAACAAUAAUAAUAUUGUUGCAUUAAGUAAAGUAGGAAAGUUUAUGCCACAAAAGAUUACAAAUAUGAAUAAAUUUGUCUCGCUAAAUAGUAAUUCUGCUUUCGCAAAUAUGCCUGUGAAGAAUGCAGAUAAAAAAACUGUGUUGCAAAAGAAACUGGUCCAGUUGGUGGAUGCGGAAGGCAAAAUAAAAUUUAUGCAAGUUCUAGUGGCUACAACACAAAAACCAGUAGGGGACGCGAAAAUCGGAAGCUUAGGAAAUGGAACUGCUGACUCGUCUCAAAAUUUGGACAGUGUAUUAUCUGAAUCAACAAAGAGAAAAACAAUUACCGAAUCCUCUUUGGCGAUAGAAAAUCAUGCCUCAAAACUAUUAACCGUUUCGAAUGAUGUUAAUCGUAGCAAUUUUUUAGUCACAAAUAAUAAUGGUAAAUUUCCUGCAACAAACAACAUAUACAAUUCGAAAAGUAAAAAUAAUCCUGUAAGCUCUCAAAAACAAAUGGUUUUUCAAAAAGAAGGAAAAUUAUUCAUUAUUGACCCCUUACAAAUGAAAUUGAAGCAGGAAAGAAAGAAACAAGUUUCCUUAUUGAAACCGCAAACCAAUUUACAGAGGCAACAUCAACAGCAGAUGCCAAAGCAAAAAGUACAGCAUAAAGCUCUACAAAGUAUGCUAUGCGAUCAUGAUUAUACACACUCUUCGGUAAAACUUAGUAAAGGCAACAUCACAUUGAGCAAUCCAGAAAUGAUAUCGGGAUCAAUUAAAUCACAUGUACCAGAACUCCAUUUGGGUAUAAGGCAAACACGGGCCAAAGCAAGUAGUGCGUUUGAGCUUCUGCAGCAGUGUAGAAGUAAAUUCGAACAAGAGUUUUUGAAUCAAAAUAUUAAUUCAAUGUGUUCCGCUAUAGACUACAUAUUACGACACUUACCUCUUAUUUCACCCAAAAAUACUUUAGCAUCUGCUUUCUCUUUCGUAAGCAAUAGCGAAAAGGAAUUCGACUCAAUGCCCGUUUUAAAACAACGCGCAUGCGAAUGGUUGCGCGCUAAAUAUAUUACUCGCUUUGUUCGCAACCACAAAUAUAUAAAAGCCAUUACUUCUAAUAACAAAGGGCGGUUUUGGAGCACACGUGAGGUACUAGUUUAUGCUCGUUAUCAUGCAUUUACGCCAAAGAUGAAGUCAUUUGACAUAACUACCUAUCCGGUGCAAGUACAAAAUGUGCCCGGCCAGCUUACUAGACCAGAGAAAUUACAAACGGAUAAUCUAUUGCAGGGACAUGAUUUUUCACAGUUUGUCAAAAACGAAGUUAAAUUCGAGCAGAAGUAUAUACAGUAUGAAUCAAUAACUCCAAAACAUCGUAUUACAUCUUGGCUCGAUUGUGGGUGCCAAAAUAUUAUUGACCAAGAAACUGGUGUGGAAUUCUCCGAGGAGCCAAUUGAUAUCGUUAGUAUAUCGAUGUCAAAGAAUCGUAACAGAUUUAAUAUAGAACAUCUACGAUCAAAUCAAAAUGGUUGUGAACAAGAACAGCAGUUUUAUUUAGCAAUCCCGGACCACCUAGAAAAGUCUUCUCAGCUUGUAAGCGAUAUUUGCCGAGAUUUUAAUAUACAACUGCAACCGGAACAAAUUGAGGGAAAUGUAAUAUAUCCUUUAGCGCAAACAGUGUUGUCCCAGUGUUUAAAAACAUUCAUUGAAAAAAUUAUAAGGCGUGCAGUAGCCUCAAAACAAAAUCCACCAACUACUGACAGUCUGAAUGUAACAACGCAAGAUAUUGGGAAUGUUUUGGUUCGGCACGUUGAGUUUGACUUUCUAACAAACAAAUAUUUUGGAAUUUAUAAACAUAAUAGUCGCUAAACUAAUAGCGAAUUUGUUUUAAAUAUAUAUUGUUUUCUUUUGGGAUAAUUUGUAUAGUAUUAGAAGGUUCUUUAAGUUACUGAUUUAUUAGAACCAAUAAAUUAUUUGCCUAUAAAUAUCUAUAUAUCCUGUAAUGCUUCCUCAGUAAAGUUUUAUUUUAAGUGUUAUUAAUAAAUCGUUACUUAAACUUGAAUUAAUUGAUUUUAUAUUUAGAGUUUGCGAGUGAGAUGGGAUUUUUAUAGUCUUGCAACCAGUUGCUACACAGUAUUAUAGUUUUGUUCACCUAAAGGUUGUAUAAAUGAUCAGGAUGACGAGAAAAGAUGAAAUCCGGGUAACUGUCGGUCUGUCCGAGUGUCCGUCCGUCCGUGCAAGCUGUAACUUGAGCAAAAAUUGAGAUAUCUUGGUGAAAAUUGGUAUACGUGUUCCUUAGUACAAAGAAAAAUCUGGGGAUCGCAAUAGCAAGGGGCGCCUCUGAGAAACAAUUUUUGAUUAAGUGGGCGUGGUCCCGCCACCAAUAAGUUAAAUGUACAUAUUUCCUAAACUACUAAAGCUACAAGAAAUAUGCUAAGAUGUUCUAUCGACAGUGUGAAAAUGGAUGAAAUCGGAAGGUAAUCUUGCUCACUCCCCAUAUAACGAUACUGUUAAAAACUACUAAAAAUCCGUAACUGAAUAUGCCAAAGACAUUAACUUUUACCUCCGAGAUGGUGCGAGGGGCUUUAUGUUAGCCGGCGUGAAAUUUGGAAUAAUGGGCGUGUUAUCGCCCACUUUUAGGUGAGUUCCUAUAUCUCGAGACCUGCUCGACCGAUUUCAACCAAAUUAUGUACGUAAUAUUUUUCUAACAUUUUUAUAUUACUGUGAGAAAUCGGACCACAACCACGCCCACUUUCCAUAUAACACAAUUUUAAAUUCCUUUUGAUUCUUUCGCUGUCCGCUAUACAAAUCAAGAAGCAAUCAAUGUAACGAGAUAAAAAUCUGCAUCAUUAGCACCUUGAAAGUAUGUCACCUUAUGCCUAAAAAUUCUGCAAAUCAAAUCAAAACUUCAAGCCCCUAGGUACCGAAUUUGCGCACCCCAGUACAUAUAGUUGACUUUUGACAGAAAAUAUCAGUCAAUGUGUGAGAUAUUUAAUUGUUCGGGUAACUUUAUACCGCAUAUGUAUAUCGGCCAAUAUGUGAGUUAUCCCAAUGAGAAUAAGAGAGCGUGUUGUACUCAUAACAGUGUAUCUUUGUGACAAUGCAAUAAACACCCAACAGCGCCAACAUAACAGCGAUUUACCCAACAAAACAAAAAAGACACAAUAAAC